AUGUGGUGUCUCCUCGCCUUCACCUUCCUGCUGUCAGCUGCAGGUAAGGAGCCAAGGCCUAGGGAAGGGGGGUGCCACGUCCCCAACCGGGCCCCCCACAUGUGCUCCGUUAUCCUGUUUGCUCGGCUCCUGCCCCCGGUGGGCAUUUGGCCUGGCCAUGUGAAAGAUCCUGUCUCCUGUCCCCACACGAUGUAUGAGUGUGCGUGCCUGGACGUGUUCGGCAUCAUGGUGCCCCGAACCCAAAACGUCCUUAAGUAUGUCCUGUGCCCGGCAGCCUCUUGGGGGCCGGGGGAGGAAUGGGACAAGGUACAAAGCCCUGGGGUCUAUGUGCUGCCCCCACCCCCAAGCCAGUCGGUUCCUGACGUCCGCCAGGCGGCUCGUGCCUGCACAUAUGCGGCCGUGACCUUGUGCGGCCUUAAGUGCCUCUCACACACCACCCUGACUCUGGCCAGGAGGUGUGUCACACGGGGCGGCGGCCAGGAGACCACAGACGAGGAGUGCGUGCCCUACUCCCAGCCAUGGCAGGUGGCCCUGUUCGAGCGUGGACGCUUUAACUGCGGGGCUUCCCUCAUCUCUCCACGCUGGGUGCUGUCCGCCGCCCACUGCCAGACCCGCUUCAUGCGGGCACGCCUGGGCGAGCACAACCUGCGCAGGCACGAUGGCCCGGAGCAGCUGAUCGCCGUGUCUCGCCUCAUCCCGCAUCCGCGCUACGAAGCGCGCAGCCAUCUCCACGACAUCAUGUUGGUGCGUCUGGCCCGCCCAGCACGCCUGAGCCGUCAAGUGCGCCCCGUGGCGCUGCCCACGCAAUGCCCGCACCAAGGCGAACCUUGCGUGGUGUCCGGGUGGGGCCUGGUGUCCAACAGUAAGCCUGACACUCCGGGGAGCCCCCACUCACAAGUGAACCCUCCGGACACGCUGCACUGCGCCAACAUCAGCAUCAUCUCGGAAGCAUCCUGCAACAAGGACUACCCCGGGCGGCUGACAGACACCAUGGUGUGCGCGGGAGUGGAGGGCGGAGGCACCGACUCCUGUGAGGGUGACUCCGGGGGACCGCUGAUCUGCGGAGGAACGCUACAGGGCAUUGUGUCCUGGGGGGACGUCCCUUGUGAUACGACCACCAAGCCUGGCGUCUACACCAAAGUCUGUCGCUACAUCGGGUGGAUCCAGGAGACCAUGAGGAUGAACUGA